CGUAACUAAACGAACCGAGCCAAAACACACUCUCCCGAAGCACGAAGCACGAAAACCGAGGCACGAACUACGGCACGAAACAAGCUAGCGGCAAACAGCAGUCGGCGGCGUCUCUCGCGGACAAAGACCGGUUACAAUAACAAAGGAAGUGGAUCUCGGGGAGGGCAGACGGGAAGCGGAAAAGCACCGGAAGUGCAGCCAUUUGCACUGCCUUCAGCCUCGCCCCCGAAAAAGGAACAAGGAAAAAGGAAACAAGACAACAGCAGAACAGGAGAAACAGCAGAAACAGGGGGAAUCAGGAAGCAGACUGAGGAAAUUACUUUUGGCCAGAAAUUGAAUUGAAUUGCCAGCCAUUCCAUGGGUACCCCGCAUGUUUGCUUUGCGGAUGAGCUGCCGCAGUCACAGCGGCCGAGACGGAAGGAGAAGGCCUCCUCCAAUGGGAGCAACGGCAGUCUGAAUAACAACAACCAAAUGGGCAAGAAGUCCAUGUCCGAGCUGGAGGUGUGCUCCUCGCCGGGCAGCAGCCUCAGUGUGUCGCCAGUGCCCCGCUUCGAGCGGAACCUGGGCUUCUUUCGGCAGCUGAGCCGACGCUUCGGCCUGAGGUCGCAGGAUGACCUACUUCAGUCGGAUGACGCAGUCGCUGCCGCUGCAGUGGCAGUUGCAGCCGUGCAGCACCACCACCAUCACCACCAGCAGCAGCAGCAGCAGGAGGAGGAUGCACACAGUUCAUCGACCGACUCGUGCUCCUCGGGGCGUGGCCUGGCCGUACACCAGUCGCGACUGGAGCUAAUGUCCAUGUCGUGCGCCUCCAGCGAGACGAGCAGCACCCUGGACAUUGAGGAGCAGCAGGAGCACCUGCAACAGCAGCAGCACCAGCGCCAGCAGCUCCAACUGAAGCUGAAGCAGACGAGCCGCGCCAGCUUCUCGCGGCUGCAUCGUCGCUCCACAUCCUCGCUGCGCCGCGCCUUCGAGAGCCUCUCGCUGACCUCUCGCUCGCUCUCAUGCAGCGGCCCGUCGCCACCACCGCCACCACCCCCGGCGGCCGCCAACCAGUCGGCAAUGCCACUGAAGUCGGCUCUCAAGUCCGCCUCGAAUGUGGAACUGCACCAGCAGCAGCAGCAGCAGCAGCAGCCGAGCAGCAGGCCAACAGCCGUCACCAAGUGCGGCAGUGGCUGCAACGCCGCCUCGUCUGGGGCAGGUGGCAAGAACGCGGGCAAGGGGAAGCCGCCGCCGCAGAGAAUUCUACGGCAGCCCGUCUCCUACACAUAUCUGAAGGGCAUGUCAGGCCUGCCCACCCAGCGGGUGCCGCGCAGCUCCGUCUGCUGUCAGUAUGCGAGGCGUUAGAAGGCGUUAGAAGGCAUUAGAAGAUUCUAGAGUCACAUUUCCCCAUUUCCCCAUUGCCUACUUUUUCACCCGAAAUUCAUUUCAAAGUCUGUGAUACAACAAGCCUUCCCCUCCUUCCCUACCCCCUCCCAACCAACCCAAACUUCACCACAUCCAUCAUAUCCGAAAGUCUUCACCAAACAAAAAACUUAAAAAGGGAAAAACAAACUACAAGAAUUGAAAUGAGAAAUGAGAAAAUUUUAUAAAAACUUGAAUAACUUUUGCACUUGGAAAACCAAUCCAAAAAAAAAUAUACUUAAAAUAUAUACAAGAACAAGAAUUAUUAAGUAGAGAGUAGAGGCAUUCGUCAUACAUAUACACAUAUAUAUAUAUACAUGCAAUUAUAUAUAUCCGCUUGAUUCUAGAUCUAAGGAUCAUUCCCCACACACACACACAUACCAAAGACUGUAAAAGAAAAAUUAAAUUGCAUUUUCAUUUUCAUUGCGCAGUUGUAGAUUUCCUUUAGAUAUAUGUAUAAAUUCCUAAACGAUUCGUGCCUUUAUCGGAAAAGUCAAAGCAAAAGAAAACACACAAAAAACAAACAAACAAACAAAAGAGAGAAUUAAAGUGAAAUAAAUCUUUAUGCAAAGGAAAAGAGAAAUAUGUAUGAUAAGUUAAGUGUAGAUUUUGCUUAGUGAAUGUUUAAUGGGAUCAACAAUUUGUCUGGCAUUUAUCUAUGUUCCGAAAUACAACAACCUUAACUUUAGCAUUAACUUUAACAUUAACUUUAACAUUAACUUUAUCUUCAAUUAUUUACAUUAAGAACUUGUUCCAUUCCAAUCAAAACAACUAAUUUGCCAAACCAGAAAUUAUAUAUAGGAUAUAUAGUUAGUAAA